ACAAAGUGACUGGGGUCAGGGCCAGGCCGCUGCUCAGGCAGGAGAGCAGGGAACGAAAUCCAAGCGCAGCUGGAAUGCUCUGGAGACAACAGCUGCUUUUGGGAUUCCGUUGCCCGCUGUCCAGCCAUCGGGGGUAGGGGGUUCCUUGCCCUGGGGCCAGAUCUGAACCCCCCAUUCCCAGUCCCAGGAGGCGACCCAGGAACAGGCGGUGAAACCCAGCCGGGGGAACGAGGCGCUCAACUGAGUCCCAAAACAAUAGGUGGGGCAGUGAGGCCUCCCCUGGGAUCUGGUCCCGAUCCGGAUUAGAUCUGUGGGACAGGAUUAGUCCUGUGGGUCCCCUGCAGGUAGGGCCACUGCUGCGGUCACGGCGGCGAGGCGGUGGGACGGGGCUUCGGGGUCAGCCAGAUUGGAUCGCGCCCGGGGUCCCGGAGGGGAAGUGAACCCGCGCGACCGCCUCGGGACAGCCCCGCACCUGGACCCUUUGUCCGGACGUCAGCGCCCGGAGCACGAGGGGCCCCACGGCGGCAACGGGGUCCGCGAGAAGCCACUGCGCCCGUCCUCGGCGGUACCCCACCUGCCGCCCGCCCGACCCGCGCGACUGGCGGCACACGGCGACAUCCCCCUGAGGCCGCGACCCGGGCGCGCGGAGGUGACCCGGGCAGGGGCACUAGUCGCGGGACGCAAGCCAGGCGAGCGAGCUCAGGGUGAAGUUGCGGGCGCCGUCUCCCUCCGGGUUUGGUGCGGUCCGGCCCGGCCACCACCUCCGGAAGGCCACAGCCGCUCUACUCCGGCGUCCCUUCCGCUUUGCUCUGCCCGCACACUUGGGGCCAUUUUAAGGAGCAACCAGCCGACCACGCCCCCGCGCGCUCCCGAGAAGCCAAUCCACGCGCGGCGCCGCCGCCAACGGUCGCGCGGGUGACGGUUGGGGAGGAGCGCGACCGCGGCGAGCGGAGAACCUGAGCCGCCGCCCGGCCCCCGGAAUCCGACUCCGGGAGCCCGGGAUUAGGGGUGGGCGGUUGGCGGCGCGCCCGGCCAGCCAUGGUCGCCGCGUCGCUGCUCCGCGGUCUGUCCAGAGCGCGGGCCGCCCCCGCCCAGCUGCUGCGGGCCCCACGGCGUGGGCACCGGCUCACCCCGGCUGACGACGAGCUCUACCAGCGCACGCGAAUCUCUCUGCUGCAGCGCGAGUCCCCGCACGCCGUGUACAUCGACAGCUACAGCAGCCGCGGCUUCACGGUCAACGGAAACCGCGUGCUGGGGCCCUGCGCGCUGCUCCCGCCCUCGGUGGUGCAGUGGAACGUCGGGUCCCACCAGGAAAUCACGGAAGAAAGCCUGUCUCUCUUCUGGAUGCUGGAGCCCCCAGUAGAGAUUGUUGUGGUGGGCACUGGUGACCGGACCGAACGGCUGCAGGCCCGGGUGCUGCGAGCCAUGCGGCAGCGCGGCAUCGCUGUGGAGGUGCAGGACACGCCCAAUGCCUGUGCCACUUUCAACUUCCUGUGUCACGAAGGGCGAGUGACUGGAGCUGCUCUCAUCCCUCCACCUGGGGGGCCACCCCCCCACCUCCAGCCCGGGCACUGACGCCUCGGCAGAGCUCGGGGCUGCCGGCGCCUCGAGGCAAUGUCACUUUGCUCCGCUUGCCGCUGAAUGAAUGGCUUGAUCCGCU